AUGGAUACGGGCGGAUGGAGAGAAGAAAGUUACGAUGAGGGAACGGCCGGUGGCUGGGGCGAGGCAUCGUUCGUGGAUGGUGACGAAGGCCGAAUCAGUGGAGAGCGUUCGGAGAAGUUCCCAUUUCCGACUUCGGUGAAAGAUCUCAGUCGUUUGCCGAGCAGUGCCGAGAAAAUCACAGUUGGAAAAUUCUCGUUCACUAUGUUACGGACUGUUGGGCAGCUGAAAGCGGUUGUGCAGGCAGAUCGAGGGCAAACUGUGGAAUAUACACUGGCCGAUUUCCACGAUCCGGACGUUGAAUUCCUCGUCAUUCAUUAUAAAGGCGUGGUAGCAAACGGUUUUGCAAAUUCGGAAGUUUUCAGCGAAGGAGUUGAUCUGUCCGUGGUUGGAAAGUUGCGGAGUUUCAGUGAUCGACUCUGUAUUGUUGCUUUUGAUGUGAGCUUACUUUUUAGAAUAAUUUCAAAUAAAAAAUUUUGA